CUGACGGUGUGCAGGUUCGAAAAGCGCGUGGUAGGCCUUACCAAAGCGUUUACGCGGCCGUACAGCUUGCAGCCCGCCUGCCAUGGCCGUACUCAGCGGAAGGAGACUCGUCUCCCGCUUUCAGUUGCAAAGGACCCUCACGUGGUUCCACCCCGCGCCAACACUAAAACCGUGUGUCUUGUGGGCGACAAAGGCUACUGACGGUGUGUACACAUUAAGCAGCCUUGUGGGUAGUGCAAGGUCACGCCGAGGAACAGUCAUGGAGAAGUCGCCGUUCUUCGCGGCGCUUGCGCUGGUGAUGCUUGCGGGCGCAACUGCUGUGCACGCAACCGCGAUGGAGAAGGUCGGAAACUACCUGAUUCCUGUCGAGUCCGGCGAGAUCGAGGGUGCGGAGACUGUGAUGCCCAAAAAGUGCGAUGUUGUGGUCGUGGGAGGCGGCUGCGGCGGCAUCUACUCCGCCUACCGCCUGCUCUCCGGCACCACGUUGAAGCCCUCUGUCUGCACCUUCGAGGCUACCAACCGCGUGGGCGGCAGGAUCUUUUCCAUUCGCGGCCUGGGCAAGCUGGCUGACAUGACGGUGGAUCUGGGCGCCUACCGCUACGUGGACGGCCGCCACACCCUGGUGCAGGGCCUGGUUGAGAACCUGCUCAAGCUCAAGUACGUGCUGUACGACCCCGCUUCCACCCAGUUCCGCAAGAUCGUGGACGACAAGGGAGACGACCUGGGCUUCGUGACGUUCGUGGAGGAGCUGACAAAGCUGUCCAUGUCCCUGGGCAUGAAGCUGUUCCUCAACUCGCCCGUCACCAAGGUCGACCGCAUGCCCUCCACCUCCGCCGACGCCCAGUACGCGGUUUCCGUGAUGGGGCCCAACGGCAAGAUCAUGAAGGUCGUCGCCAAGCACGUCAUCUUCAACACGCCGCAGCGCCCGCUGAUGCGCAUCCUGCAGAACUCCAACCUCGCCCGCGUCACUGAGUGGAGCUCGCGCCGUCGGAGUGAAGCGACCCACGCUGGCCUUCCGCCCUGGACAUGCCCUUCCCGCUCAUGGCCGCCAAGAUGUACCUGUACUAUGAGGGUUGCGUGUACUUGCUUCGAUGCGUGGCGGUCGGUAUGGCUCUCUCGACCACACCGCUGACACACGCCUUGCCUCGCCCA